CUCCACCCACUGCUUCCCUUGCGAUCUCCUCCCCUCAAUUCCCCCACGAUCAUGCUCUUGGCUUAUCGCUAAUCGCUAAUACAAUCAGAGCGCGGAUCGCUCGCUAUCAUCCAUCCCCGCGCUACCCUCCACAUACCCUGUCUGCAUCACCACGCGACCUGCAUCAUCCGACAUACCUAACCAUCCCCCAAGAUCACCGAUCACUAUGGCUCAGAAAGCCGCCAAAACUCUCGCAGCGCGCAAUGCCUCCCUCCUCGUCCGCACCCACCUCAUCAGUGCCGCCCUCCAUGCACUCUUCCUCGUCCUGCACUGGGUCUUCAACCGUCCGCGUUCCUUGACCUUCUACGUGGUUCUGGCCUGUCCAACUCUCCUCAUUGAGUUCUACCUCGACCGCCUAGGUCGUCCAAGCUACAACACGGCCGAUGGGUCCCUACGCUCGCCCGGUGAGGAUCUCAGAGCUGCCGGACUGACGGAAUACAUGUGGGACAUCCUGUACUGGACGUGGGGUUGUAUCGGUGCUGUCUGCGUGUUCGGAGACCGUGCCUGGUGGCUGUGGAUUGUGGUGCCCUUGUAUUCGGUUUGGUUGGCAUACUCUACCUUUACUGGGAUGAAGAGUGGUCUGGCGGGCAUGGGAGGCGGUGGUGGUCAGGAGCAAGUCGCUGCAGAGAGCAAGAGGCAGAAGAAGAUGGAGAAGAGGGGUGGACGUGCCCAGUACCGCUGAACUCGACUGGCGGCUUUCAGUGGGCUGCAUGUUGAAUGGCCGUCCGAGCUUUGGCAUCUAUAUAUACGCAGAGCGGGGUUCAGUAUACCGCCUUGAGCGUGGAGGCAAAAGAUUCCCGUUUGUAAAUUGGACGUGAAACCAACGCCGCUAAUACGAAGAGGUCGGCGCCACAGGACCCAAAGCGAUUAAUCUCGGCCAGCCGUUCCAGAAAGGGCAAAUAGUACAGAGUAAGGUAGGAAACGGAAACGGUGGAACGAUCACCAGGACAGGGGCAAAAGUGUCAUCAAAUGAAAAUGAUAUGUCGUGACGUACAAUCGUAGGAACUAUGUGGGGAAUAAUCGAGGUCAUGAUCGAUCUGAGAUAGUGAUCAAGCGAAUAACAAAAGUUGGGAUAUCAAUCAUAAUAGCAAAUUGUCAAGCAACAGCUAACCUGCUUCUCUCCUCGAGUUG